AUUUAAUUUAAAUUUUGGAUCGGUGUUGUAAUUUUGUUUUAUCUUCAAUUUCAUUUUAAUAAAAUGGCUGCUAAUGUUAAUGAGCAAAUUUUAAGUUCUGGGAUUUUAUCGAAAUUAAAAUUGAAUGAAAAGAAGUACAAAAAUCUUAAAGAAUCUAAAAGUUUGCUUGCAAUUUACGAACAACAUGUGUUUGUUUGGCACGAUGUUGGCUCUUGUUUAUUAACUGCAGAAAUGAAUGCAUCUGAAUCCAAGAGUAGUUCUUUUAUGACACUCACAUUAUCCAAUCCUCCAGUGUUUGAAGUUGAGUCGAUUUUAUUUAAUCAAACUGGCAGCUUGCUUUCACUAACUGGGAAGAAUGGUGUGAUGGUGUUCCAAGUUCCUUGGAGGUAUGGGAAAUUUGGAGCAACGGGUGAUAAAAAUGAAGCUAUAGUAGGAAGGUCUUGGAAUGUUGCAGAAUACUUCUUUGUUUGCUCUAAUAGAAUAAGUGUAGUUCAAGCUUUAUGGCAUCCUGGCAGUUCUUCAAAUACUCAUUUGACUGUUUUAAGUACUGAUAAUUACAUCAGGAUUUAUGAUGUGACUGAGCCUCAAACACCGACACAGGUAAUAUCCCUUGGAGCUAGUGCAAGGAGUUCUUAUUUGUCAUCUGAGGCAAAAAUAUCAUUUUCCACAUGUUUUGGUGAAAAUGCUGUCAGCUUUGAUUUUGGACUACCUGUUAAAAUUCAAGUUCAAUUGCAAAGUGAAUCAAGAGGAGUAAAAAUGUUUGGAGAACAAACAAUUUGGCCAAUAUUUUUGCUGCAUGGGAAUGGAGAUGUAUAUAUUCUGAAGGUACCACUGAAGAAAGAAAGAGUGUUAUCUGUGGCAAAAUUAGAAGGUCCUUUAGCCAUGUAUCCUCCUGCAGAAGAUAAUUAUGGCUAUGAUGCAUGUUGUAUAUUGUGCUUACAUAGCACGCCUUUAAGCAUUGUAGUUGCUACAUCAAACGGCAUGAUUUAUCACUGUAUAGUUCUGGGAAAUUCAUCGUCUACUUCCGUCAAACAACAGGUAGAAGAAGCUUCAUCUUUUGAGGUGUCAGAUAAAUGUGAUAGUGCUUUGUAUGUAUUUGAAAGUGUAGAGCUACCUCUUACUUUGAGUGAUGAACAGGAUGAUGUGUAUGGUCACCCUAUUCUACUGUAUAAAGAUGUAACAUCCCACAGUAAAUAUCAUUGCACCCAUGCAUCUGGACUACAUUCUGUUGCUGUUCCUUUUCUUCAAGCCAUUGAAGAGUGCCUUAAUGCAGAUGGUUUAUCCAAAUUGCUCUAUGAAGACCAAAAGCAGCCUUGCAUUGUUGAACACAUUCUGUGCACAAAGCCUUUCUCACAGAUGGAAGCUGUUCCGGUUCUUGGUUUAGAUGUGAGUGUCAGUGAUGCUGGAGUUAUCAUGAUUUGCCUGCUAGCUUCAUUUGAAUUUGUGUGCCUGCCUUUAGUGUCAUCUUACUUUGCUACAGCUCCUCAUUUGUUAGGAGAUGAUUUGCUUUUGGUAAAAGAUCAAGAUAAAUCUAUAUCGUCUUUUGAACAGCACAUAGAAAAAUCGUUACAACGAUCACUGUGUAGUCCUUUCAUCAAGUCCACUUCUGGGAAGGACAAAGUACAUACUUCUCCUCAUCAGUGGUUGGAUCUACUAUGCAAUGUAACUCAGAGGUAUAGGGAGGAUUAUAUUCAAAGACUGAACACAGCUCUAGCUUUAUUACGAAGCAGGGUGAAAGUGCUGACUCAGCAAAAGGAGUACCAAUUAAUGGAUAUUGCAAGAUGUAAUCAAGAAAAGGAGACGCUUAAGAAUGGUGCUGAACGCUUGGCGGAAAAGUAUGAAGAUGCUCAAGCUGCUCAACAAAAAAUUUUUGUGAGAGUGGAAAAUCUUUUACAGAAACUGACGCAAAAUUUGCCUUAUCUUUCGAAAGCAGAAAUUGAUAUGAAGCAAACUCUUUUAUCAUAUGAGGAAAAAUUAAAAAAUUUUGAAACUUCAUUAGAUCAAAUUAAGAAAAAAGUUAAAUAUCAGAGAGAGAAAAUGAAAGAGUUAGGAGAUACACAUCAUCAAGUUCAAACAACUAAAGAAAUGCUGACUGAUUUAAAUUUAAAUGAUACACAGCUGAAACAUGUGAAAGAGCUAUUAUCUCAAGAAGGCGACUCCAUUUCGGACCUUGUGCAAACUAUCACUUCUUUGAAAAAGCAAACUGCCUUAUGAUUACCUUAAUUGAACCAUUAGAACUAUUUGAAUUGACUUUUUCCUUUUAUCAUGUUGAAAUUACCAUUGCAAUUUUCUAUUUUUAAAUAAAUUGUGA